CGAGUCCGGUGUAGACGUGCAAAACUCUCCGUGUGCCCUCAGCCAAGCGAGUCCAAGCAGCAAGGAGGUCCGUGUGUGUGUGUGCAAAUCAAAGUGUGCCAUUAAGUGUGGGUCCGUGCGUUACGAGUGCGUUACCCGUGGGGAUGUUAUUUUUUUUAUCUGUGAGGGCAGGUUGUUCAAAGUGCACAGUGUUGUGGACCCCAGAGCAGCGACUUCUUACGCGCCAUGUGCGGCGGUAAGCCAGUGUGUGCGAUUCGGUGCCUGGGGGUGUUCAGAAUGUGAACAAACAAAGGGGCAAUGUGAUUGUGUGGUGGAGAAUUAUUGAAGAUUGAUUUUCCGUGGAAGCUGAGGGUUGAUGACGGUGGAAUUUUGUUUGAAAAUGGCUGAAAGUGUCUAGGUGAGAGUGACAUUGGCCGAAUUAUUAAUUAGUUGGGAAUUGUGAAUUUGACCCACACUGGGAUCUUCUAGCAGUUUCAAUAUCAAAUGUGCAAAUUUUAUCUGAACGAAGAAGGAAGGGAUCGAUAAAUCUCGAAGGAAUUUAAUAUCCGACCAUUUUUUUUGCGUGUGGAAGCUAGUGAGAUAGUGCGAUAAGAGUGAUCAACCUUUUAAAGAGUUGCGUGCAAAAUUGAAGAAAGUGAACCCCCUCGAGUGGAGUUUCUGCGAAAGGAGAUAUUCAAUUCGACUUAGAGCUUGAACCGUACGGCAAAGCAAAACAGCGAGUGCGAGUGUCGUUUGCUGGAUGAGUAGGUGAACUUGUUUUGCCUGCCGCCUCCGAAAUAAAAUAAAAACGUUGAUGAUUAAAGACUGACUCCGCGGUGGACGACUGCGACGACGUCUUGAGCACGCGGGAAUCUUUAAAGCCAGUGUAUCUGUGGCUGCUGCUGCUGGAUACUGGAGACGAGGAACAAGAACAAGGACCGACCGGUGCACCAUCAGGACAUCGUGUAGAGAGAUUUAUUGAAAAGUAAUACUCCUUCUUGGCUGACACCGCACCGACGUUGCUGGAGCCGACCAGCACCAUAAAUUUCCAACGGUUGGCCGGCACUGACACCACCGGUAGCAAAAAUCCCAGCUCACCUUGAAUGGUCAGGUGCACAGAUUUGGACACGCUUAGAUGGCAUCGCAGUAACCAUCCAAGCAACCACAUACCAUUUUAAUCUUUGCUGAAUAGACGACGACGGACUUACAUUUCCAUGACGGUGUUUUUAACGGAGCAGGCUUUGAAAGCGGCCAGAAGGCGCUAGACGCUGGAAUGGAAAACCGAAUGUGAAACAUACGACGGGAUGCUAUUCCGGCGAAGUGGGAUUCAUUAAAACCUAGUGUCAAAAGUUUUCGGGGCAAGACUGCCGCGUCCGGAAAUUCGAAAUGCGGUCCCGUUACAGCGAAACGGGCCGUUUUUGUUGCUGCUCCGGUGCCCAUUGCUGGACGAAUGAUGGGAUUUUGUCAGCGAGUGUUUAGCUAGUGCUGGAAAUGAAUUUAAAUCGACUGGCGAAAAAUAGACUCGUGAAUUAACUUUGGGAAAUUGAUUUGCUGUUUUUUUUCGAGCGAGAAGUCGAGUAAAGCAGUUAGAGGAAAAAUAAAUAAAAUCCAAAUUGAAUUCCCCCUCCGUUGCGUCAUCCACGCCAGCGAGCAGACAACGACGUUCGAAGAGAAUAUAUAGCAAAGUACUGAUACCUGUGAAGGAUUUCGCCGCAAAUAUUUAUCAACCCAAUUGAAUACUUCGAUGAAUUCUGGGUAAAAUAACGACUCUGUGAAAGAACAAUGGAAAAUUAUUAAUGAGUGGAAAAAUUUCAUCCCUGAGUUCAUGAUUUACAGACCCAUAGUAUCCAUAGGGAAUAAUUACCCCAACGGAGCCGUAGUGUUAAGUGGUGGUGAGUGUUUUGAUAAAUUUGAGUGUUCCGCGAAGUGAAACCAGGUCGUUUCAGAUCAUUCGAUCAUCCCCAGUAGAGAGGGAGAGAGCAGUGCAAGAGGGUGUGUGUGUGGGUGGUAAUAAGUGCGAGUGUUUGUGUGCGUAUUUGUGACUUAGGAGGAAAGUCGGCAUCAUAAUGACGAACAAAAUGGCUAUGGAAUGGAUUACAGCCAUCGACAAAAGGCCAUGCGAGCGGAAUAUGCGAGACUGCGAGCUGAUAUCCUGUCGGCUGCGGCGAGUGGAACCACUCUGUCGGCUACCCGGUUCGGCCCUGCAGCAGCUGGCCAUGUGUGGCUUCUACGAGGAUCUGGAAAAGGGAGUCACAUUGUUCCGGGCCGGCGAACAGGGUCGCUAUUGGUACGCGGUGCUCGGAGGUCAGCUCGAGGUUCGUUACCACGGGGCAGAAACUAAGGAUAGCAAGCUCUCGGUGACGCUAUGUAACUUGGGCGUCGGUGCCACCUUCGGAGAGUCCAUCCUGCACGAUCUGCCCCGGGACAGUACGGUGGUGACGAAGACGACCUGCGAGCUGCUGCGGGUGGAGCAGGAAGAUUUCAGACUGAUUUUUGAGAAAAAUAAGGAAUUAAUGAACGACAUAAUCUCCAACUGUAAAUUAAAAAAUGGUUUCGGACAGAGCAUGCAGACCACCAGUACGGUCCAGUCCGGAAUCAACCAGCAACCGUCGCCGACCAAAAAACAGCUAAGCCCGGAUCAUCCGAAUCCAGCGCUGCCCAUCACCGAGGCUCCAAGUCCCGCCAUGUCGCGGAUGGGAUGGGCCCUGCGGACGCUCCUAGUAUCGGACAAUACCAGCUGCCUCAAGGAUCGGAAGGUGGGCGGCAAGUUUAUUCGCAAGUGCGCCCCCGGUACGGAGCUGGUCGACUGGCUGCAGAAUCUGUCCCCCAUCGUGCACACCCGAACGCAAGCGGCCGGCAUGUGGCAAGCCCUGAUGGAGGAAGGCGUCCUCAGUCAUGUGGCAAAAGAGCAACCCUUCAAGGACAAGUGCUUUCUGUAUCGGUUCAAAGUGGACGAAGACGGCACGGCUGGUGGGUCACCUUCCUCCGACGAUGUCAGCCAAGCGAACGACCACAUUCGAGAAGCCUUACCCGGACUGCUGCACCGAGGUCCGGACGCAACGCUUAGGAUGAUUCUUCGAAAACCGUCCCACGAGCGGACGCACGAAGAGCUGGAACUGGUUUACGAGGAACUGCUCCACAUUGCCGCCCUGUCACACCUGUCCACGUCCAUCAAGCGGGAGCUGGCGUCGAUCAUCGUGUUCGAGGCACACGCACAUGCCGGAACUGUGUUAUUCAAUCAAGGCGACGAAGGACGCUCCUGGUACAUCCUGCUCAAGGGUUCGGUGGACGUGGUCAUCCACGGCAAGGGUACCGUCGCGACGCUCAAAGAGGGUGACGAUUUCGGAAAAUUGGCCCUCAUCAACGAUGCUCCCAGAGCGGCAACCAUCGUGCUCAAAGAGAACAACUGUCACCUGCUGCGCGUGGACAAGGAACACUUUAAUCGAAUCUUGCGAGACGUUGAGGCCAACACGCUACGGUUGCAGGAGCACGGAAAGGACGUACUAAUCCUGGAACGGGUCGCGAAACAGCGAGGACACUCGGCUUUCAAAUACACUGUGAUGUCCGGCACGCCGCAAAAGAUGCUGGAACACCUGCUGGAGACAAGACUGGGCGGUCAGGCGGGACCAAACGAUCCUUUUUUGGACGACUUUCUACUGACCCACAUCGUGUUUAUGCCAACGCCGAUUCUAAUCGACGAACUGGCGAGCACCUACCACGCCGACACCGAGGUGGACAUGCGGACGGCCAGCGAGGAGGACCAGGAGUACUUUAUGACCUGCAAGCGGCGGGUGGUGCAGUUCAUCCAGCGGUGGGUCCUGGCGGUGCGGCACGCCGUCUUCGACGAUCCGCUGGCCGUGGAGUUCAUUGAGGAAAUUGCGACAGACGUCGAGUCGGAAGGUCUACUCCAGGAAGAAGCCAGCAUCAUACAUCACGUGCUAACGCAAUUAUCGCGAUACCAAGAAGAUCGACAGAUGAACGCGAGUCAAAAGUGGAAAUUGCCCCCCAACGGACAACCCAUUUGCCUAUUCAGUGGAAACACUCACUCAACAAAGACUGUUAUACGACCGGACGAUGAUAUAAUCUUCCGGGUUUACUGUGCGGACCAUACGUACUGCACUCUGCGCUUCCCGAUGUCCGCCUCGGCCGAGAUCAUCAAGGCCUGUGCUGCCGACAAACUGCAGCUGGCCCGAAUGCCGGAGGACCUGCUGCUGGUGGAGGUCAAAUCCAACGGCGAACGGAUGGUGUACAAGGACAACGACGUUAGCAUACCGACGGCCUUGAGCCUAAACGGACGGGUAUUCGUUUCGCCCAAGGAUCACCUGGAUGCGCUGACUCCUCUACCGGAGCAGGAGCUUCCAACCGAGGCGAUCGAUAUGGACUUCGAAGCGCUACCGACCAAGGACGUUGCCUACCACAUGACGCUGUUCGAUUGGGAUCUGUUUUGGGCUGUGCACGAGUACGAGCUGCUGUACCAUACCUUCGGGAGACAUCAUUUUAAUAAGAUAACUUCAAAUUUAGACGUAUUUAUAAGACGCUUUAACGAAAUUCAAUACUGGGUCGUAACGGAGAUUGUGUCGACGUCCAAUCUGACGAAGCGGAUGUCUCUGGUGAAGAAGUUCAUCAAACUGGCUGCUUUCUGCAAGGAGUACCAGAAUCUGAACGCGUUCUUCGCCAUCGUAAUGGGUCUAUCAAAUAUGGCUGUGUCUAGGCUAAACCAAACCUGGGACAAACUCCCGUCAAAGUUCCGAAAGCUAUUCUCCGAAUACGAGGCACUGAUCGAUCCCAGCCGGAAUCACCGGGCCUACCGAAUGUCGGUCGGCAAGCUGCAACCGCCGGUGAUCCCGUUCAUGCCCCUGCUGCUCAAGGACAUGACAUUCGCCCACGAGGGGAACAAAACCAGUUUGGAUGGGUUGGUGAAUUUCGAAAAGAUGCACAUGAUGGCACAAACGAUGCGAACCGUUCGGUACUGUCGAUCCAGGCACUUGGUAUUGGAUCCUCCCUCGCCGAAGAACGAAAACGAAAUUCGCCAGUACAUCAGCUGCUUCCGGACCAUCGACAACCAAAGAGUGCUGAAUGCCAUGUCCCAGAAGGUGGAACCCCGGCGGUCGUAAGGUGAUGCGAAACUGAAAGAAUGAGCACAGUCAAACAAUAAUUUGGUAGAUUUUAUGUAGCGGUAGAUAGUAGCAUAUCCAGAUGCUGUUUCGUCGUGUUCUCUGACUUCACUGAGAGACAGGGGGAUUCUUCCGGUUUUUGGAGGGAUUCGUGAUUACUAUUUCUUCGACGAUUAGUUAGGAAGUGUGUUCUAGAUAUGUGUACUUUCUCGAAUUUCAGAGUAUGUGUGUGUGUAGAUGUGCGGUGUAUGUAUGUGUGUGUGUGUGUGUAAUUAGUAUUAUUUAUAGCAAAGUAAGUGAUGUUUUCUAUGAUUGACUUCGUAACGAAAGAGAUACAAAGUAUUUUAUUUAUACAUGAAGGCAGUACGUUGACUUUAUAGAUAACUUUAUCUUAGUAUGACGCAGCUAAUGAUCCAGUAUUUGUAGAACUUUUAUUAUUCGAAUCAUAAUCACACACAUGCACACACUUU